AGCAGAAAGAGAGAGAAAGAGGGCGAGAGAAGCCGAAGCAAGGUAUUCGUUGGUCGUCGAGACACGACGUGGCGACGUGAAUGCUAAAUAGAUCGUAGUGCAGUCGUUGUACGUCUAAAGUGCCCGGUUUAUGGACAUUUCUCGGAAAAAAUAGCAGUCACAGCGCAACGCAGCGAGGUGACCGGUAGUCGCUCACGCGCGAAAUGACGUUAACAAGUUGAUUCUCCGGUGUAAUAACUUACUACGUUUUAGGCAUUCGAUUUUUCAAACGUUCUCGCCCUCGUGUAGAUUGUCUCUCGCCGGUUUCGUGCCAGUCCUUUCACUUUGCCAAGCCACCGGGUGCUUUAUAGCCCCGCGUCCCUUUUCAUUUGCCUCUCCUCCUCUUCAACGAGAACCUAACUCCGCGUGAUUCGCGUUUUUCUUAGCGUCUCAAAUGCUACCUCGCACGAAACCUUCCUUGCUUCACGGCGUUGCUCGCGGCGCCCGUUUACCUCUGUGUCGGAUCAAUUGCGGAACAGCCAAACGAUUUACGAAUAAUAUCCCGUUGUCACGAAUUCACGAGGGAGAAUAUCCUCUGUGGAAAUAGAAAAGACUACAAUGUCGCUGUCGCGGAUAUCAAUCCUGGGUAAAUAAUUUCUGAGCUAUGGACGAACGACAAUAACGAUUUACGAGUUAUAAUAAAAUAGAUAUAAGAUUUCAAGUCAUAAAUUAAUUUAAAGAAUUCUUGGAAACAGAAGUUAAUGUUCAAGAUAAUUAUGUAAAUAACGACGCAACGAAUUUUUACAGCGACGAUCUAAAAAUACCAAUAAUCGUGUUUCGAUGUCUUAAUAUUCUUUCAUACGCAAACGCCUCUAAUAAUCCCGAGCAAUAAAAAUGUAGCAACAUUAAUAAAUGCGACUUUCGAAAUUCAAUUGUUACCAAUACUAUGACCAGUUUGUCAGCGAGAAAGUUUGCGAAGACGGAGAAAAGGGAAGAAAAAGGGAAUAUUUUUCGGCGGUAUCUCGAACGUACAUCGACGAACUGCCAACAAUUAAUCCGGACGGACAACGGCGUGGAACGGGACCGUAACUCUAUAUCGUAGAGGACCCCCCUAAGUUCGAGCUUAAAGAUGAAGCCAACAAGAAAGGGUGGUGGAGAGAGGACGACUAGUUGGCGGGAGCACCCGAUGGUGCACGAUGGCGAAAACACCCAGAGGCACAAAGAGUCGGUCGUUCCUGUACACCAGAGCAGAAACGGACGCAAACAGCCCGCAGGACAAUACAACCGGGUUCUAUCUGUGCUCUUUGUUCUUUCCGAUCAGCUACUGCCAGCCACCCAACGUUGCUUCCACUUCCCUUCCACCAGGAAGCGGACGACCUUCGCACUGCCACAUGUUCUGCCGUUUUUCAUGCAAACAGGAAGUUCACUGAUAUCCUUUCUGGCUUGUAAGUCAAUUCACGAUGAUGUAAUAAGGAGAGGAACGUCGUUUCUGUUGCUUUGCGAAAGAUUUGUUAUUUACGACGGAUAGGUGACACGACAGAUUUUUGUGACACUCGCAUAGGUGACACUCUGUGGUAAAAAUUAAGUGGUAAAAUAAGUUAGUAAAAUAUUUCGUACUUUAUGCCAUUUGUACUCUGAUAAUGGACGACGAUUUGUUCAGUACAAUAGAGAUGGCUACAUAUUUUCUGCGUGUCAAUGGAAGUUUGUUUUUUUGGAACACUCGAGUUACACCAUAGGGGAGAAGGCAAGUGACGUUUUAUUUGAGAACGAAUGUUGAUGGUUUCGUAGGAGUCUCUAAAACGAAGAGGAAAUCGGGAUCAGAUGGGGAUGAAGUCAUCACCGGUGGAGCGAAACAGCAACCCCAGCAGGGCCGUUGGUUCGGAAACAAUCACAUUAUACUUUGUACAUCGAGCUCUCUGUCUAUCCCUGCCACGAUACCACCCUUGUUUCGGGGUGGGCCAACGUAAUGUAAUGAUUCUUUAUUCCUUUAAGCUGGAAGGACUAAUGACUGCUGGACCCUUGAUGCAUUAAUUAAGUCACUUUCAACUCAAAGAUAUUACACAGGGUGACCUUUAAUCGCGUUGUAUUCAAUUUCAAUGUAAUUAAACACAUAUUACUCUCCUAAAAUAAUGUUAAAUUCAGCGACAAUAACAUUCAUCUGCCGUGCUUGUUCAUCAUCUAAAAACCACAAUUAUAUAGAAUAUCUGAGGUACUAGGAUUUUGUAAAAAAUAUUCAAAUUAAUGCUGCAUGAAAUGAGACAUUCCACAGCAGCUGGAAAUUUUAAGAGUUGCCUUAAAUUGACAUAUCGUCCAAUUGUGUUAUAUAAACCCAAUGGUAUCGGUGAAUGUUCAAUUCGUAAUAAAUUCCAGACAAGAGAAGAUGGGCCAAGGGUCAUUAAGCCUAGUAUUAUAAAUGCAUUAAAUACUGGAAGGCGAUGGGAUGAGUCAGAAUCCGCAGCAACGGGAAGCUGGAUUUCGGGAGGGUGGCAGGUGGCGCCAAUUUUACGGACCGACGGCUGUGACGGAUGUAACGAGACGCAGUUCUGUGCGAGCGUUCGUCACACGUGGUCGCUUCGCUGGGCACGAUGUCAUGGCUGAUUUUAUGGGAAAUGGGGGUGGAUGCUUCGUUCGCGAGAUCAAAAAUCAUCCCCUUGAACCGAGGAA